AUGUCGUUUCAUCAUCCUUUCCAGGAAGCACAAUUUGAUCUUUUCGACUGGUAUCCCGAAUACCAAUCCUGCGUCUCCUUUUUCCUCCAGCGCGGCCAGCAUUCAAACGAAGUUCAAGCUGUUGCUGCAAUUGUCAACAUUCUAUUACCGUUCCAACAGAGCCAAGCAUCUCCCGGACCUUACAGUCCCACUACAUCUACGCUUAAUCUUUCUUCUCCCAACACAAACGUUUCUCUAGUGCCCUACGUCCGCCGUUUGGUUGCCACCGGAUUCGACACCGCCGCCAUCCUACACGGCUUCUUCGGCGAUUCCUGGGACGCCGGCAUCGGCUCCAUACACCAGACUGAGCGAAGAAACUACCUCUUCGCAGCCAAGAGCGAGACUUGGUUGAGAGUCAAGGCCAGCUACGACUUGGAAAAUGGCCAGACGGUACCCUUCCUCCGCCCCCUUCAAGGCGUUACCGAAGAAGAGAUACAGGCAGCCGAGGCGAAUUGGAGCGAAUGGCUCGCCAUGCAAGACUGGAUGCUGGGACCUCGUGCUCUUUCCGACAACGGCCCUUCUCAUGUGAACUGA